UACAUAAUCUGAAAGCUGAAUAAAUAAACUUUCUAUAGAUAUAUGAGUUGUUAGAAUAGGACAAUAUCUGGCUGAGAUACAACCGUUUAAAACUCUGGAAUCUGAGAGCGCAAAAAAAUCAAAAUAUUGAGAAAAUUACCUUUGAAGUUGUUAAUCAGGGGCACUGUGGCAGACCAUCCACUCACAAAAAUAAAGUUUUUAUAUAUUUAAGGUAGGAAAUUUACAAAAUAUCUUCAUGGAACGUGAUCUUUAUUUAAUAUCCUAAUGAUUUUUGGCAUAAAAGAAAAAUCGAUAAUUUUGACCCACACAAUGUAGUUUUGUCUUUUACUAAAAAUGUUCCCGUGCUACUUAAGACUGGUUUUGUGAUCCAGGGUCACAUAUACAGCUGUGUAAGCAGAGGCUCCAUUCGCAGUUCUCAAAAAUUUACAUCCAUACUUCCAGUGGUAUUUCCUGUACAGAUGUGCCACACCCGAGCGACACGAACUCAAGACCAUUUCGCACAUGAAUAUUAAAUGUGCCGUAUUUCCCUGGAUAAACACACAUAUACAGCGAGCUUUUCUGCAUGUAGAUCCAGGUCUGAUUAUGUCAAACGCCUUAAGUUUGAUGGUCGGGUGCAGUCAGCAAAAGCAGAUGUAUGCGAUAAAGACUGCGAGUGGGGAUCCAUCUCAGAUUGUUUUGUUAAAGCGGUGUAAAAUAUUUAUUAAAUUGGAUAUAUUACAUAUAUACAAAAUAAUAAAUUAACUAAUGAAAGAUUGUACAGAAAACACCGUGCUUGUAAUAUCCGCUUCUGCAUCUAUACAGUAUAAGUAAAUGAUGAAUGUAAGAUUAGAAAUAUAAUCUUUAAUAGUGGCUUGAUGAGCAUAAAAUAAUGUGAAGCAAUGGCAGACUAAAAGAAUGUGAUCUCAAAGGACCAGGGAUAUGUCUCAGCUCAUCCGUGGCUGAUCACUUUGACCCUGUUGAACUGUGUUGCUGUUAUGUGUCCUGAACGGGCACUGAACAGUAAUGUGCAAUACCUCACAAGGGGGUAUGGAUGCCUAAAAAGCAUGCAGUCAGAUUAAAUGUGACAGACAUACUGACAGGCAAAGAAAGAAUUUCAAGGAAUGACAACUAGCUAAGAGCAUGUCCAUCAAUAAUGCACAUCAGUGCCGUUCGAUCCCCCACGCAUGCGCAGAGGUGACUAGAGAUCUGCAGAGGUGAGCGUUUUACUGUACACCUGUCGGCAGUGGAGACCUGUGUGUGAGCACUGUGAGAGAGACGGGCAUGAUUCCAAUACAAGAGGUGGCCAAUUUGAUUGACACAUGGAGCUAAUUGGAUCCACUCAGACGGCCACUUACGCUCGGCCCAAAACCAGCCACUUCCUGCCAGCCAUUUCCACCACAGCAUCCAGUUAUAGAAGCCACCAUCCAGCCCUGACCUUUAACCAAAAUUCAAACAUGCCCUGGAAAACCAACACUUACUUUAGGACCGGCAGUGCUAUACCCACCGUAUCAGCCCUCCAGAGAGAAAACCUGGACCUGGUCCGGGCCAAGACCAUGUUUUACCCCUCUAACAGAACGGCUCUCAGCACACGCUACAUGCCUGAUGAUUGGUACAAAUCCAACCACAGUAACUACAGGGAGUCGGAAUCAUCCCGGAACAGCGCGGAGAGGCUGCGGAGAGACACGAUCCGGUUGAUCCAGGAUAAAGACCAGCUGACCCGCAGAACCCAGGAGACCACCAGUAAGAACAUUGGAGAAAGACUAAACAACAUCAGCUUUUGGAGGUCGGAGCUCAACCACGAGAUCGACAACAUGGUGACGGAGAUAGCAGCAUUGACCGAUGUCAAAAGGAGAUUGGAAAGAGCUCUGGCUGAGACGGAGAGCCCGCUGCAGGUGUCUCAGGAAUGUUUGUUCCACAGGGAGAAACGGAUGACCAUUGACCUGGUUCAUGAUGGCGUGGAGAUAGAUUUAAUUAAGGAGGUGGAGGUUAUUAAGUCAUGUCAGGAGAGAAUGAGAAGACAUUUAGAGAGAGCCAUUGCUCAGCUAGCGUCAAACCGUGCUGCCCAGCAUGAGCUGGAGAGAGAUUUGAGCGAUAAGUUGACAGCACAGAGAAUCGAUGACAGGUGUCACCACCUCAGAAACACAUCUGAUGGAAUCAGUUACUACAGAGGAAUCGAUCGUCUGGACCCCUCCAUCAGUCUUCCAGACUCCUGGUCCAAGUUCACUGAUGACAACAUCCUUCAUUCUCAGAGUGAACGAGCCGCAUCUCACAGACUACGUGAUGAGAUCGAGAUUCUGCUUAAUGCCACUUCCAACGAGAUGUGGAACCAGUUUAACACCGUGAACGUGUCCUUUACCAACCGUAUCUCUGAGACAGCAGAUGCCAAAAACAACUUGCAGACACACCUGGCCAAGACCCUUCAGGAAAUCUUCCAGACCGAAAUGCUAAUCGACGCUCUAAAAAAGGCGAUCCGAGACAAAGAGAACCCGCUUAAAGUCGCCCAGACCCGUCUGGAAGAAAGAUCUCGCAGACCCAACGUCGAACUGUGCAGGGACAACCCUCACCACAGGUUGAUCACUGAGGUGAGGGAGAUUGAAGACACUGUUCAGAAGUUGAAAGAAAGAUUAAUGGAGGCGGAGAACACUCUGCAGAACCUGGUGAAGACGAAGGUCGUUCUGGAGUACGACCUGUCGGUGAAAGCCAACUCUGUGUUUCUGGAUCAGGAGAAGUGCAUGAGCAUGAGGAAGAGCUUUCCCAGCACGCCUCGCUUGAUCGGAUAUACCUAGAUCUUCAAGAACAUCAUCUAAAACCUGCUUCAUCGUGGCCAGUUUGGCUUCAUAAAUCGAAAAUCAAAAUCGAAAAUCAAUCGAAUGUUUAUAAUGAAUCAAAAUGAAUGAAUUUAUAAUGAAUUCAAAAAGUAAAAUUUGAGGAUAUUUUUUCUGUGGUUUCCUCAUUUGAUGUAGUUCUUAAAUGUUUCUUCUUUUUAAAAACAGAAACAAUUGUUUAAAAGGGUCAAAUAAAUGUAGAUUCAUAGGUAAAAUAAUCUGGAUUUGGGCCAAUUUGAUUAGAAAAAUCUGUGGUCAUAUUGAGAUCUUCAAUAAUAUUGACGUUUGAUUACAGAUUUGGCAAAUCUGGGCUCAGUUUGUAACAAUGUUGAGAUCUCUUCAGAAAUUUGUGAGAUUUCUCUGUCUUUUUCUGAAGAAAUUUCAGAGAUGCAGGAGACUCAAACAAAAGUUUCCAUUUGCUCUCCAUUUAAUCUCAUUGGUGGCUACGAGAAAUAUUUGAGAUACAGAGAUCUAAUCUGUGAUUUUUCUUUUCUUAUGAGCAUAUGUGUGGCAUAGCUUUUCUCAAAUUGGUAGACAAACUGAACUGAACACAAUCUUCAGGACAGUUCAAUCAGUGAUCUUAACUCCUCCUGACAUCUGUUAAACUGAGACUGUAAACCGCUUUGAUCAUUCACACCAGGGUGUGACGUGAUUCUGACAGUGUGCGGACCGUGGACAAAACACCUUGGUUUUGUUUGUUUAGUUCAGUCAUCCACUCCAGGGCGAUCUUCACUCUGGCCAGAGUGGAUCUGCGCUUCUCACGUUCUUCUGCAGUACAAACACACACUUCAGAAACAGAUGGCACAGGCAAGCAGACUCCCGGUUAAGUACACACACAGCAUCUGUAUUUGUUGACUCAGAGGGGGAAUGUGUUUGGCUUUACAAACAACACGCUGCUGCUCUGUUCAAACUCACACUUCCUUAGAUAAAAUCAAUUCUGAUCUAUUGCUUAUGUUUUAUUAGAUGCACUUGAGAUUGUGCACAUCUUGGAGAUUUUUGUUCCUUAAAAAUAAAUGUAUGAUUAGAGUUGAGAUUGAGAUGGGGAGCACUGAGACACAAGAGAUGUACGAUUAUCGUUUUUUAAACAACAAAAAAACAGAGAAACAUGAGACCUCAAACAUAUCCCAUUUAAUGUCAUCAUUUAAUUGAUGAAAAAAAAGAGGACAAAAGCAGGCACAUCAACCUCAAAUGGGUGCUCGACCAAAAAAACGAAUGAAGGAUUAUAUACAAAAGUCGGCACACCAAAGCUCCAAAUCAUCACUCCAUCAUUUAACUGA